AGCUCUUUUGAUAAAAAUAAUAAACAAAUCAUUUGAUUUUUUAUUUCAUGGCCUGCAACCUUUGAGUUGUGCUAGAUUUAAGUACUUUAUUCCUUUUUUUGAUGUAAUUGUUAAAUCACCUCAACACAAUUUCUGUUUUUUCUCUUCCAAUCAAUUCUUUCUUUUUCCACUUCAAGCUAUAACUCAUAUAUAUUUUCUCCUUUCAAAGCAAUUUCAUUUGCUUUGUUUCCACAAAUUCACUCUUCCAUGAUCUUUCUUUAAUCAAGUGUGCAGGUUCUUUCAAGAAUUUCUUAGCUUAAAUACCUAAUUAUAUAUAUGGCAACAAAACCUAAAGAUAGUAGCACAGUUGUUGGGAAUGAGAAAAAGAAGACCCCAUCUUCUAAUUCUCCCCUCACAACAGCCAAAAGGACUACAAAACCAUCCACAACAGCAGCAGCAGCAGCAGCAACAACAACAACAAGAACUACCCCCACAACCAACAAGAGUAACUCAACCACUCCAUCAGAGAAAAACAAGCCCACAACAAGUAUCAGAAAGCCCAAAACUGAGAGUCCAAUUAAGCCUUCUCCAAUUAGAAGAAGAUCAUUGGAUAAACCACUUUCAUCUUCAAACUUAACAGUAAAAACAACACAACCAUCAACUUCAAGAUUACACAAAGCCCUUGUUUCCCCGGGCACUAGAGAAAGCACCAACCCUUUAAAACCCAUUUCAGAUAAGACACCAAGUGAUGCAAAAACUAAGCUAGUAUGGAAAAGGGCCACAAAGAAGAUCAACACCCCUAAUAACAACAUUGCUACUUCUAACACCACAAAGAAGGUGGCUAAUGAUCAUACUUCUUCUGCUAACCCUGCAAAGACCAAAACUGUGAUUACAGAUUCUGAUUCAUCAAAUGUUAAAACUGUGGAUGUUAAAGAAGUUACAAACCAAGAAGCUGAAGUGAUAAAAGUGGAGAGUAAAGAACAUGCAUCUAAGGUGAUUUCACCUGAUGUAAACAAGGAAUUUGUACAUGAGCAUGAACAUGAUAAGGUUCUUAAGGAUUCUGACCAACCUCAGAAUCAAGGUGAUGAUGAGAAAGUAAUUUCUACAGUUACAGAAGAAAUAGCAGAAAAGGAGCCACAAGAAGAGAAACCUGAAGUUGAGCAUGAAGUGAAACAGACCAAUAGUGAGAAUCACCCAGGAGAAGUAGAUCAUUCUGAAAUUGAAAGGGAAGUUGCUGCGAAUGAAAAGGAAGAAAAUGAAAGUGGGGUUGUAAUAGAAGAUCAAAAAAGUGACAACAAUAGUGAGAAUCACCGAAAAGAAGUUGAUCAUUCUGAGGUUGAAAGGGAAGCUGCUGUGAAUGAAAAGGAAGAAAAUAAAAGUGGGAUUGUAUUAGAAGAUCAAAAAAGUGAGAACAACAAUGAAGAUAAACCUCAAGUUGAGCAUGAACAGAAACAGAACAAUAGUGAGAAUCACCAGGAAGAAGUUGAUCAUUCUGAGGUUGAAAGGGAAGCUGCUGCAAAUGAUAAGGAGGAAAAUGAAAGUGGGAUUGUAAUAGAAGAUAAAAAAAGUGAGAACAACAAUGAAGAACGGGGAGGGGAAGAGAAGGAAGCUGUUGAAGGAGAGGUAAGUGAAGAAGUUAAAGAAGCUAAGGCUGAGGUAGCACAACCAAAGCAACAAUUAGCAGCAAAAGGGAAGCAUGAAUCUCAAGUGUCUAAUGAUAUGAUUGAGGAGACUGCAACCAAGCUGUUGGGGAGGAAGAACAAGGUUCUUGCAUUGGCUGGAGCAUUUCAAACUGUCAUUGAUCAUCAAGGCAAAUGAACCAUUCAUAUGCAUGUCACAUGUAUAUUAUUUAGUGUGAGACUAUACUUAGCUGUCAGAUGUAUUAUCUUGUGAGACUGUACUUUGCUGACACUCAUUAUGGAAUUAAAGAGAGCAGUGUUUUUGGAGAUAAGUGAGAGUUAUAACCAUUCAAUUGAAAAAUCAACUGUUGAGAUUUGAAAAACUUAUGUUAUAUAUAUGUGUGUAUGUUUUGCCAUUACAAUUUCAACUAUUGAUUUUCCAAUUAAUGAUUAUAACUCCUCAUUUUUCCUUCUACCUUUCUCAAUUUAGAGAACAUAAUCUCAGGAGUAGAAACAAAGAAAAAAAAAAGAGCAAGCGUUUAAGAGUUUAAGAAAUUAUUCUUAUGUAUACAAAGCUUCCUCUUACAAAUUUAAAAGGGAGUGUUGUCAUUCAACUUUGUUGAUUUUCACAACCAGAUGAUAUGUUCAUUUACACAUGUAAUUAUUAUACCAUUGUGAUUGAUAUUCACAAACUUGGUGAUUAUGAUUGAUAUUCACAAACUGCAGAAAUUGACUGCAUUGAUAUUCACAAACUGCAGAAAUUCAAAGUUUGUGUUUGAUUCCUGAGAAGAUAUUAGCUGAUAUAAUUUGCCAUUAUAAUUGUUAUUUUUUACCAAUAAUUUUUUAAAAAAGUCAUGUAAUAAUUAUGAACUUUUUUACCAGUAACUUCUGGUAUAUAUUGAAUCAGAAUCUGUAAUUAUGAACUUUUUUACCAGUAAUUAUGAACUUUUUUAUCAAGUUCCUAAC